AGAGAAAAUUACACUGUAUGUUAAUUGGAGAACAAUGCUACCAACAUUGACCCAUUUUUUUAAUUCUUAUAAAAAAUGACCCAAACUUCUCUCUCUCUUCUUAUAUGUUUGUAUAUGUUGGUAUAAGUGUCUGUAUAUGUGUGUAUAUGUUUGUAUAUUUUGGGCUAUUUUUUGUAAUGUAAGUCUUGAACUAUUUUUUUGUAAUGUAAGUGACCAACUUGUAUAUUUAUGAAAUUUUAUCUUUUAAAUAACCCAGUAAAGGAGGGGUAAAUUUGGUCUUUUCCCUAAAAUAUUUUAUGGAGGGAGUUAUUAUUUGUUUUGUCUUGGCUCAACUAUCUUGUAUGCUCAUACAAGAGCUACUGCAAUGGCGGAUUCCACAAGAAGCUACUUUGGAAUUAUUUUCUGUUUUUUGUACUCUUUACCGUCUCAUUCUUUUGUCCAAAUCUUUAUGUUUCCUUUCACUCUAUCUAUUUUAUCUUUCAAAAGACUUCUUUUCUUUCUCAGUACAUCCUCUGUUCUCCAAUGGCCGAACUUCACAAGGAAAAAUAUGUACGUGCCAGAGAUGACCCUUUUUUCGAUGGAAUGCGAAGAGGUGAGACUGCAGUCAUCAACAAAGGAAGUGGUUUAGAUAUCCUUAGAAAAGUCACAACGAGGUCGGCCUCUGAUGUUGGUAACCGAGGACAGAAAAAGAUUAGUGCAAAAUUAUCUGAAAAUGAUGUUUAUAAUGAUAAACAUUCUCCUUAUUCAGCUUCAAAAAGUAUUUGUGAACCUCUUGGUCGGUCAUUAUCCUUGUUGAAUUCCUCCCCUGCGGGAAGUCCUUGGUCUGGUUUGAAGGUUGAUUUGCAUGAUGUAUAUGAGUCAGUGGCUUUGCCUGCCUAUGAAAGAUCUUAUAGUGUGAUCAAGAAAAGUAGAACUAUCUCCGACAUUCCACUUCCUCCAUCUGCAGCAUUGUUCUACUGUGGAAAUUCACUGCAGAUGGAAGUCCUAAUUGGAUCAUGUCAAGGAAUUCACAGGCUGAAUAUGUUUCUAAAGGCAAGAAGAGAUGAUGUCAGUGCAGGAGUACCAUCAAGAUUCUUGCAUGCAGUGAUUGGGCCGGACUGCUGCGAUGUUGGAUCUGUUGCUUCAACCAUAAUGUAUGCUUUUUACUUGCAUGAAGCAUUAAAUGAUGACCAGUUAUGCACCGUGCCUGUCAUCAACAUGAAGAGGUCGAAUGUUCAUUCUCAUGCUGAGUUCAGAUGGCUGCUAGAUUCUUGCUUUGUUGAUCAAUCUUCCUUAAUUUUCGUUGAUGAGAUUGACCUGUCCUACUAUGAUUUAUAUGGGAGUCUUAAACUAGUUUUAGUCAAUUGUGGCAAGCUUCCAGCUAAUCAGGAGGCAUUAAAGGAUGCAGUGGUUGAAAUCUUCAAUUGCAGAGAGGAAGAUACACCUUAUUCUUCAGUUGCUGCUGUCACUGUUGGGAAGGAGGCAUCAUGCUGCACACUUAUUGCUGACAAAUUUGCACGUACUUCACCAGAGAUACUGGCCGGUCAAGGGUUUGGUCGACUUCUGCUGGCAGGUAUACUCGUGGAUACUGGAAAUUUGACAAAUCCACAAACUACAACAAAGGAUAAGUACAUGACCACCUUGUUGAUAAACGGGGCAGGUCGAUUUGGAUGUAAUGGUCUUUAUGAAAUUUUGAGGUACAAAAUGCAUGAUGCAGCUGACCCGAGAGCAGGAGAAGUUUUUCGGAAAGAUAUUAAGAAAUUGUCAAAAUCGGAUGCAGCUGACCCCAGGAUAGGAGAAGUUUUACAAAAAGAUAUUAAGAAAUUGUCAAAAUCAGAAGUUGACCACCGAGCAGGAGAAGUUUUAGAAAAAGAUACCAAAAAAUUGCCAAAGUCGGAUGCAGCUGAGCCUGGGGCAGGAGAAGUUUUACGAAAAGAUAAUACAAAUUUGUCAAAAUUGGAUGCAGCUGACCCCAGAGCAGGAGAAGUUUUACAGAAAGAUAUUAAAAGAUGGUCAAAAUCGGCAGAGAAACCUGAUGGUACAGGAUCAAGAAUGGGGACUUCAAAUAUUGGAAUGAGUUCAGUCGGAAUACCUAUAAGAGAGCUCUUAUCACAUCAGUCUACUUCAGCUGAAAACAUAAGAAGUUUCCAGCAACUAGAGAAACUUAGCAUCUUGUUGAUCGUUUCAGGGUAUUAUGAUGCAGUGAAGAGCUUCAAGAGGGAGAUUCUAGUCUCAGCUGAAACUUCUGAGCUUAUGAAAAGCCUGCUCCAUUUUAUCUACUCCUAUGCAAAUGUGCUUCCACUCAAAGCUUUGCGUCAAUCAGGUCUAGCUGCUGAGAUGAGGGUGUUCGAGAUUGAAAAAAUUAUAUCAAGGAAGACGAUUGAGAAACUUCUGGAAGAAUUCAACGAGAUAAGGAGAUAAAACAAAGUUUACAGGCCAUUCCGCAUUUGUUUAUGUAUUAAGAGUAUGUAUACCAUCAGAGGCGGAUUCAGGAUUUGAAGCUUGUGGGUUCUCAGCUAGCAGUGUUAUACAUUGUUAGUGGGUUUUCAGCUCAAAUUUCUUAUAUAUUUAAAGGGUUUCACAUUAUAAAUACAAGGUUUGGAUAAAAGUGGCGGGUUCCGGGGAACCCACACCCAAUGGUGUGGAUCCGCCCUUGUAUACCAUCUCAUGUUCCAGUAAGAGUCAACAGUAUACAUGUGUUACUUUUGUAGUUGCAAAGAACCUCUAUAUCUGCUAGUUUCUAUAGGAUGUGCAGUGCUUUUCCAAACAUAGUAUGUUUGCAGUAGUCUCCGUGCCACAUUUAUGGCGAUAAUUAUUUUAUUUUUUUAAUGCUCGCAUCAAACAUGUUGAAAAGGGUUCUAAUUUCUUCUUUUCAAAGCUACUACUCUAGUGAUGUUAUUGUUCAUGAUUCCUCCACAUACCAUCAGUUAAUUAGCAGAUGUCAGGGUUGUAUCUUGCUCAACUUCACUCUCUCAUUGCCAAUAAUCCUACAGUUUCACCAUAUUUGAUACCAAGAGAGAGUGUAGGGGUUUUCAAUGUAUUGUCACUAUAAGUCGUGACUAUAUUUUCUUUUGUUGUACAUGUAUAUGAUUUUGGUUAUCAACCAGUGCUUUUUUCUUCUCUUGAGAAAGAAUCUCAUGCAUGCUAGUUUUGACUAUUCUUUUGGUUUUUCAAAUUACCGACUAUUCUUCAUUCUCUCAUAGAAAAUUAUCUUAUUCUUCAUCAGCAGAUAACAUGCGAAACAGACCUUUAGUAUGUUCCUGAGAAUAACUCCCUGGCAACCACCUCAAACAAAAUGAAUGCAUCCAUUCCUCUUGCUAUUUCAAAACUAAACUUUAGUAUAUAUAUGAAUAUUAUGGUCUAUUUCCUUCACCCUCUUUUACAUGAAACUGUAUCCAUUGAAAAGCUCUUUUUUUUUUUCU